GUAGAAUUGUGUUGAUCAAACCUAUGAAUCAAGUUUUAAAAGGAGUUACACAGCGGAAGACGCCACUUCCUCCAAAAGACACGAGACGUUCUUCACAAACACAUCAGAUCAGACUGCACAACUCAGACAGGCCGAGGAUGGAGGCUUUCAGCUCGAAGGACAUGGCCAUGAAGGCCCAGAAGAAGAUCCUCAGUCACAUGGCCAGUAAGUCUAUGGUUCACAUGUUCAUCGAUGACAACAGCAGCGAGAUUCUGGACGAACUGUACCGCGUCUCCAAAGAGCACACGGGAAACCGCAACGAGGCUCAGAAGGUGGUGAAGAACAUGAUCAAAAUAGCCGUGAAGGUGGGAGUUCUGUUCCGACACGAGAAGUUCAGUCCAGAAGAAAUGAGUCUGGCUCAAGACUUCAGGAAAAAGCUUCACAAUGGAGCCAUGACAGCCAUCAGCUUCCAGGAGGUUGAAUUCACCUUUGAUAAGAACGUGAUGACGGUGCAGCUGACAGAAUGUCGUGAUUUACUGCUGAAGUUGGUGGAAAAGCAUCUGACGCCUAAAUCUCUGGAUCGCAUCAGACACGUGUUUAACCAUUACUCUGACCCUGAGCUCCUCACACAUCUGUAUGACCCCAAGGGCACGCUGUGUGCCAACCUCACCAAAAUCUGCAGCGGACUCAACCGCAUGAUCGAGGAGAAAAAACUCUGAACAGAAGCUGGACAAAUCAUUUCAAUCAAAACAUGAACAGAAAUGAAACUCGAGGCCAAUGUGUGCUUUGUUUCUAUUCAAAAUCACACUGGACCUUUGUGGUACUUUCUUUUUUUGUGUCAAAAGGCUUGAAGACUUUGAACAGAGACACACAAUCGUGUGACGUUUACGAGUCCAAAUCUGAAUUCAUCUCUCAUGUAAUCAAGAGACUGUUUACCAAAUCAAACCUUUAUAUGAAACCCAAAGACUGGAUUUAUAUGUACAGUUCUUUUUAGCAAACAAACAAACAAACAAAUAACUCUGUAUGCAGUU